GGGUCGGGCUGGGCCGGCGGGUAGGGCGUCGGCGCGGGGAAAGGGAGCGAGAGAGCAGGCGGGCGGCGGAAGAGCGGAGCGGUCGCAAUCAGUCCCUGGUGCGGCUCGGAGCGGAGCAGCCGAGGGAAGAGCGCGGAGCGAAUCGCGGCGCCUGCCGCUGCCUGGAUGCCAGAGGCGCCUCGGACGCCGGCUGCCGGCGGCACCCAGGAGGGCCCGGGGGAAGAGGAGGACGAGGAAGAGGCGGCGGCGGCGGCGAAGGAGGACUCGGAGAGCGGAGCGGAGGAAGCAGGCAGCGCUGGCCAUGGCCUCCAACUUUAACGAUAUAGUCAAGCAGGGCUACGUGAAAAUCCGUAGCAGGAAGCUGGGGAUUUUCAGGCGUUGUUGGUUGGUUUUCAAGAAGGCUUCCAGUAAAGGACCCAGGAGACUAGAAAAAUUUCCAGAUGAGAAAGCGGCAUAUUUCAGGAACUUUCACAAAGUAACUGAGCUGCACAAUAUCAAAAACAUAACUAGAUUGCCUCGAGAGACAAAGAAGCAUGCAGUGGCAAUUAUCUUUCAUGAUGAGACGUCAAAGACAUUUGCGUGUGAGUCAGAGCUAGAGGCAGAGGAAUGGUGCAAACAUCUCUGCAUGGAGUGUCUAGGAACCAGGCUCAAUGAUAUAAGUCUUGGGGAACCAGAUUUGCUUGCUGCUGGAGUCCAGAGAGAACAAAAUGAACGAUUCAAUGUAUAUCUUAUGCCUACACCAAAUUUAGAUAUCUAUGGGGAAUGUACAAUGCAGAUCACACAUGAAAACAUCUAUCUCUGGGACAUCCACAAUGCCAAGGUCAAGUUGGUCAUGUGGCCUCUGAGCUCUUUGAGGAGAUACGGACGUGACUCAACUUGGUUCACAUUUGAGUCUGGAAGGAUGUGUGACACAGGAGAAGGGCUGUUCACCUUUCAGACACGAGAAGGGGAAAUGAUAUAUCAGAAAGUCCAUUCUGCAACACUGGCAAUAGCGGAGCAACAUGAAAGAAUAAUGAUGGAGAUGGAGCAGAAGGCAAGGCUCCAGACCAGUCUGUCUGAACCAAUGACAUUAUCCAAGUCGAUCUCACUUCCUCGUAGUGCGUAUUGGCAUCAUAUCACCCGGCAGAACAGCGUUGGAGAAAUCUACAGUUUACAAGGUCACAGCCUCAGCUCAGCAAAGGUGUCCCGGGCACAGACGUUUCCCAGCUACCAGGAGGAGCAGGGUGAGGAGCACCAGCAAUCCCUCUCACUGGCCAGCAGCUACGCCUUCACCUAUGGCUCAGGCCUGGUACAAUGACAGCUGGGGGCAGCCGGCCGAGAGAAACAGUGAAGCCUGGAGCCUGCAGCCAGAGCCGGGGAGCCGCUGGCCCCCUCCGCUCCCACUGUUUGCUGUGAAAACUGAUGCCUACCAGCUCCAGCUGGGUCACCGCCAAUGCGGAAACCCAGAAAGGCCGCUUCCCUGAAGCAGAGGCUAAGUCUUUAUUUAUUUAUUUUGCCGUUCCUUUUGUCAAUGCGUUCAGAAAGGAGGGGGGGCUGUGGGGGAGGGGUGGGAGGGGAUGCUUUCGUGUUGUGAGAAAUUGGUGGAAACAAAUGAAACUGUGUUGCUGUGAAGGUUUCUGCAUGACCGGAGAAGGACUGUUCUGGGGCUCCAUCACGAUGGUGCAUUUGACACCAGGGCCUUCCUUCCUGCCUCCACCAUCAGGCUGUCCCUUCUUCAGCUGUAACAUCUUUAGGUCCCACUGAUUCCCACUGCAGUCAUUGAAAUGUCACCUACUCGAAAGACAGCAUCUGUGCUGCAGGGAUCACCUUCAGAUUCAAGCGAGUUCGCUGAAUACCCUAGAGGAUGGUUGGGUGGGUUUUUGAGCUGGACACCAACAGGUACUGGAGUAGCAGGCUAAUAUGGUUUGUUGGAAUAGAGUUUGAUGUCUUAAGGUAAGGUUAUUGCCUGAUACAGUUCUAAUCUUAAAUUCCCAGGGCACAAAUUCAUCCCUUACUAAUACAUGCAUAAUUCUCACAGCCCCCCGACAUCUGUGAAUGUCCCUAUCAGCAGCAGAGUCUCAUCCUCAAGAUUGCUGCAAAGUCAUCUUAUUUUCAAAUUACUUAUGUAACCAUGCCUGCAAGCCUAACUUUAAAAAGUGGGAAAACUGUUCUUCAGACAACUGUAAGUGGGACACAUCCCCAGCUCAUGACUGCUUGUGCCAUGGCUGGGCCAGAUAUGGUAGAGCUCUGGUCUUGUCUUUCUUAUCAGCAUUACUUUGAUUUCCUCUGUUUCCUUCUCAGAUUUCUGUUUUAGAUGCACAUUGUAUCUUGUAUGAUCAUGUGUCAAGCCUUGAUUUACUUUGACAAGGAGGUUGAGUACCUCUCAGUGGAAAUUUUCUGUCUUUGGAAGACAUCUUUAAAAUAUGAACUGUGAUAGGUGUGUUUGUAAUCAGUAAAAUGAGGGAAUACGUUGGAAGGCAUACCUGUAGCUGGGGAACAAGUUUUAGCUAUUCUGAACAUUUAGACUUUUGUAAGUGGUAUUGAAUAUUUAUGUGCUCCUCACAAUGCCCUGAAACGUUUCGAAUUGUGAGGAGAAAAAUCUGCCCUCUUGCUAUGAUCCAAGCAGCCUUGUGUUCUGUUCCCAGUGUGAAAUGCUUGCCAUGAUUACCAGAAGGAUUCGUCUCAUUAGUUGUUUCUCAGGACAGGUUCAGGCAGCAUAUCAAGGAGGAGACACAUAGACUCUUUGCCAAUGAAAUAAUCAGUUUUCUGUACCAUAAGUUAACUGAAAAAGUUCUGUUGGGCUGUUUUAUAUAUGCACAUAUAUAUGUAUUAAAAAGUACAGAAGAAACUUCUGCUUUUGAUUAAACGGUAUGUCCAUAUUUUCUCCAACCAUUUUCCAGGCUAAGAGACCUUGCAGACUUACAGCUUUCUACACCUCAGUGAACAGCUGCUGAAUAAAAUAGCAUUGUGAUCCACUUGAAUGAAACACUUCUACCCCACUGCAAUCAGCUUUAUUUAUUUUUCCUCUUUUUCCCUGUCUCAUUCACUACCUUUUCUCCUUUUCACAGUGCUGCCAUACUCAGGAAUAGAACAGCACCCUAGAGAGUGUAUUUUGAUGAGCUAAAUGAAAAACUGCUCUUCCACACUGUCAGGGAUCUGUACCUUUCAUGCUUUCUGAGCAUUACCCAUCAAGGAAGUUUCAUUCACACUUUUAUUUAAGAAAAAAAUGUGGUUGACAUUUUGGUUUGGGAAAAUUUCCAGUUUGGAAAUGUUACAUGCAAAAUGUGGUACAAAAGGAUAGAUGCUUUGCUGGUGUAAUUCCAUUAUUCAGGCAGCUUUCCUAAAUAUACAGCUUUUGAGAAACUGGCCAGUUAUUUGUGUUCCUAUGCAACUGCAGUUCUUUCAUGUGCCCUAAAAUUAUAUAUUUUCUUUAAAAUUCCUUAGAUUAAGUUUCCCGUGUGUUCUGUAGAUUUCUAUGGUGUGUUCAUGCAACUAUUGUCCUCUGUGACUUGAGUGCAAGUCAUUUAAUACUUACAUAUUCUACAUAGUCCAAAGGUGAGGAAAAGGCAAAACAAGAGAGUAUCAAGAACUGCUUCAUAGUUCCAGUGCCCACAUACUUUAAAAAACUAUCUAAAUCCUAUAGGUAGUGCUGUAGCUGUAAAAAGCAUAAGAUCUAUAUAGUGUGCUCUUUCCAUUUCCUGGGGAAUGUUUGCUGUCUGCCACAGAUGGCUUUGUCUUCCCCUGCAGGGCACAGAUAUUGUCUAGUUAAUGGUAAUGUAGAUGCUAUUUCCAAAGAAAACACACC